ACGGGAUCUUGCGUCCUGUUUUGUUUCGCUUGCUGUAUUUGAAUGUGUUUUGUUUCCUUGCAGACCACUUCAGUUUUGUUGUCUAAGCUCUCGUCUUUUUUUCAGCGUUUUGUAAGCGGUGCAAUAUUUAUUAUGAAGACGGAUUCUGGAAUGUUUGAAGCUUGUCUUUUUUUGUGUUCUAAAAUCUAUACAUGCAAUGUUAAUUUUCGGCCCUCCAUGGCGUUGGUUAUAUUUUGAAGGUAGGCUGUGCAGGCCGACUCUCCUGUCCAGAGCACUUUGCUAGAAUCACAGAAGAGGAAACUGACAUCGCUGUGUUCAUACUCCUUUGAACUCUUCAUUGACGUCUAGCUAGACUGUCUUUGUCGCUGGGGGGAUAAUACGGACUUCUGUAUUAAAAAGCUGGUCUGUGGAGGGAUUUCCAGCAGGAUCCUGUGUCCUUGCCACUGCACGGUCUUUGAUCCUCUCUGGCAAGCCCUGGUAUGACGGACCAAAGCAGCGGCAGGGUGGACAGCUUUGAUCUUGGAACAAGUUCAGACACAAGCAUGCAAGGCCAGGAUGCCUGUGGCUCCCAAAGCCGCAAAAACGUAGACAAGGCCAUGAACCUUUUCACCACCCUUGGCCUCUCGCCAGAAGACUUGGAUUCGCUGACGCACAUUCCCGAGGAUCAGCUCACUGUGGAGACGCUGCCGAAGAUUAUCAUGCAGCUGAAGGCACAGAGAGCCGAGGAAGGGGGCACCGCAUCGAAGCGCUCUAGGGAUGAUCGCUCGUCCUCACGAGAACAACCGCACAGAGCCCCAAGUAAACCUUCUGGAGUCAGGAAAUAUGGCCAGCUAAGAAAGGGUCCCUCUCGCAGCUACGAGCGGCUUGACUACGAUGAGGGGAAGGGAGGCGACAGUGACCGGUAUCCUGAACCAUCCCGUGGUCACUAUGAGUCAGAAUACAGCAGGAGGGGUCCUGUGUCUGAAAGGUCAUUUAUGGAGAGGAGGACAGGGUCCCCGUCUAUCAGCAAGAUUGAGGAUUACCAUGGAAUUGUGCCCAGUACCUUUCCACAUGUGUGCACCCUUUGUGACUUUUAUGUGCAUGCUAGUAAGUCCUGGAGCCGUCAUAUCGAUGGGUCACUACAUGCACAUAGUCGGAAGCUCCUCCUGGAUCAGUAUCCAGAAUGGAUUCCCAAGAGUAUGCAGAGCAGAGACAGGCAGGAUCCUCUUGAGGUGGAAGCUAUCAAUGGAGAAGUUGGGCAUCAGCGGAGAGGAGUAAGCUCUGAUUGGAACAAGGGUGGAGGGAUUUCAAGUCAAGAUAAGAGACGGUAUGCCAUGAAAGCACAAAGAGGAGGAAAAGUGGUGGUUGCAAAGUAUCUGAAUGGCACGUGUUACCUGAAGGAUCUGCUGGAGCUGGCGGAGCCUUUUGGAACUGUAGCUAAUCACCUGGUGGUAGUGAACAAGACCUUCCUGGAAAUGCUGUCACAUGAAGAAGCAGCUUCAAUGGUGAAAUACUACCAGCGUACAACCCCCAUGGUCCGUGGUCACGCAGUACAAAUGUAUUUGUCUUCUGCAAUUAACACGAUUCAGACACCUGGUCGUGUACGAGCUCCAAUGCAGAGCCAGGACUCUGGCUAUGCAGUGGUCUAUAUCUGUAACCUGCCUCCUUCAGAGUUUAAAGACUCAGAGUUGAUAGAAUUGGCUAAGCGGUUUGGUCCUGUGUGGAACUCUCUAAUUUUAAAACACGAGGCGUUUGUGGAAAUGGUAAACCCUAGGGAUGCAGAAAUGAUGGUGAAGUAUUAUACAAUACAUCCUCCCAAAUUGAAUGGCAAAAAAAUCAAAAUAAUCACUUGCAAGAAGUACAGGAGACUGAAGGUGAAACCUGGCAAAGCUUCACAUAGGGGGAAGGAUAGCGGCAGCAGCAGGCAGGCUAAUGAAACAUCCGGAAGACGCAAGCGGUCCAGAUCCAGGGAGAGAGUUUCCACAGCCAAAGAGGAGGGGGGAUCUUCGGGGAAGGAGGAGCAGGAAGAGCCUGGAGACCAGGGAUCAGAGUUGAUGGAUAUGGAAAGCAAUGCCGAGGAGGAGGAAGGAGUGGAGCUUGGGGAAGAGGAAGAUCCAGAGGAGCCUGACCCAUUUCUGGACUGUACUGAAACCCAAGGGGAGGAACCAAAGGAACAAUCCCUGGAGAGUUCAGAGAUCCAGGAAGAAGGGCAAGUGGAGGUGUCCUUAGUAACUUCAGCAACCCAAGGGGAGCAAGUAGAAAAGGAAUGCCUGGAAAGUUUAGAAACCCAAGUGGAGCAGCCUGCUGAAAAAUCCCUUGAAAGUUUAGAAACUCAGGAAGAAGAAACUGCAGAAAAACCUCCAGAAGGUCCAGGAAGCCAAGGAAUAGAACCGGCAGCUAAAGCCCCAGAGAGUUUGGAGACUCAGGGAUUGGAAACAGCAGAUAAAUCUUUGGAGAGAUCCAAGAGCCAAAAGGAGGCCCUAGGGGAGGAAGACAGUCAGGCAGCAGACGAGAAGGCUGCGGAGGCCUGUUUUCCUGAGGAGGAGGAAGGAAUCCCAGAGUUCCCUGAUAACUUGGAGGAUUUGGUUACUUUAGAUGAGGUGGGAGAUGAGGAGGAGGCAGAAAUGACAAGACUAGAUUCGGAAUCGGCUGCUUCGUCUUCCAGCAGUGCACAAAAAGAGAAAGAGUGGGGGAAGAUGGUCAAUGUUAGUUUCUCUAAGAAAGGUUACAAUUUGGUCAAGGAAAUUCUCCGCCUGGCUGAACCAUUUGGGAAAGUGGUGUUCUACAAAAUAUUGGAACAAAGGAAUGAGGCCGUUUUAGAAAUGUCAACAAUUGAGGAAGCGAGACAAAUGGUGGAUUUCUACAAAAUCAAGCCAGCUAUGCUUUAUAGAGCCAGCGUUAAAAUCAGUCUGUUAAAGAAUUUUCAUGGCGGACGAGUUGUCUACUUCCACCAACUGCCUUCCUCGUACUUUACGAUCCACUCUCUCUUAAAGCUUGCCAGACGGUUUGGCAAAGUGAAGUGCUAUGUGUUGAUCUGGGUCCGCAAUGAGGCAUUUAUUGAAAUGGAAACCUCUCGCUCUGCCUUGGAAAUGUGCCGGGAGUACAAGAAGAACCCUCCAACGUUAAACGGCAAAAUGUUGUCAGUUUACCUGUCCAGGAAGGAGAAACUCCUGAAAGGGAUGAGACCCCCUUCCAUUUCCCCUUCCCCUGAACCUCCUAAAAGAUCCAAGAGGGAGAGGCCGGAGAGGAGCAAGAAAGAGGAUGAGACGUCCAGGAGCUCUAAGUCCAGAACCAAAGAAAGGGAGGAGGAGGACGAGGAGGGGCCCCCACAGAAAAGGGGGCGCAGCCAGGAGACAGGGGAGCAAGGAGAGUCUCUGGUGAAGACCAGGGAGGAGGAGCAGAAACAAAGCAAGGACAAGGUGCUGUUGGAUAAGGAGGCUGCAGGCAGCCAACAUGAAAAUGAGACAGUUGGGAUGCCCAGCCCCAGUGAAGGGGAGGCUGACAUUCCACUCACAACAGAUGAUGCAAGUGGUGAAACAGGUCUUCGAGAGGGUCUACAAGCUGUGGCUUCUGCAGCUAACAAAGUAAGCAGCCAGGCCCUUCAUAAACAAGCGGAUAAGAGUGAGAGCACAGAAGAGACCCUGCUGAGGAUGGUUGAGCCCAUGGAGACCAAGAUUGUUCAUAAAGGAGGUGGAUGUGACUCUGCGAAUGAGCAGCACACUGGUACUGAUAAGAAGACUGUGGACAGCAUCAAUCCUGAGCCCACACCUACCACCCUGGGACCAUACCAGCCUAAUAAUCCCGUUGGUGUGGAGCAAGUGAAGGCUGGUUUCUAUUGCAAUCUCUGCAGCCUGUUCUACACCAGUGAAGAAGAAGCAAAAGUCACCCACUGCAGCAGCCUGGCCCAUUAUCGGAAACUGCAGGAAAUGUUAAAUAAAGAGAAUACAGCAGCAGAAAGUUCGUCAAGCUGAAGGAGAAGGGUUUCAGUCAACAAGACACUGGGUUCAGCCUGUCUUUUAAAAAAAUAAAAUAAUUAAAUACAGUGAAAAGAAUUCACAUCCGAAUUAAAGAUGUUGUAUGGGUAAAAGGAAAACUUGCUGUCCUGUACAUAGUUCCUCCUUGUUUAAUAUCCAAUAGUGACUGACUGACUUACUAUUUUGUUGUUGUAUUUUAAUGUUUCUGGAGAUCUCAUCUAGUUACGGGCAAACAAGAAGUCAGAAUUAAUAGGAGGUGCCAUUACAAACCCUGCACUGCAAAUCGUGGAAAUGAAAGAAUCGGACCAAGGGAGUUUUCUGAUCACUUCAAUGUGUUAUGCAUAGAAGGUGCAGUUUCUCUGCAGGUCUCUCCUUUUUUUUUUUUUUUUUUUUUAAAACAUUGUAUUUCAGAGUAUUGGCUGGAAGUGAAAAACACAUGUUAGGUACUAUAAUUUUUUUUUAUAAACAUUGUUCUAGAAGUCUGCGAAUUUUGGAAUCUCAACUUUGUUUUUGUUUUUUUUGGUUAUUGCAAUAGUAGACAUCUUGUUCCAGUGUUUUACAUAUUAACAGCUGAUAAUUCAUUGAAGUCCUUCUAGGGUGUGCUGUAGAGCAAGGGCGUCCAAACACGGCCCUGGAGGGCCUUUCCACUCCACCUUUAACAGUGAUAUAAUUAACUAUGUCAGGAUCUGGAUGGAGUUUUGAUUGGCUCAAUUAAACAUUUUAGAACAGGGUUGGAACAAAGACCAGGAGAGAAAGGGUCACGCUUGGCCACCCCAUCUGUAGAUGUUUAAACUGUCCUGGAAUUCAUAGAUUUGGAGGAGGGGAGCUCUUUAUUACAAAGAAAGCACGUUUUAAUUUAAAUUCAUUAACAGACAAAUUGGAACCUAAACAAAAGCUGCAAAAGCUUUUCAAAUUCUGAAUCAUUGUUGCUAAUACCCUUAACUCGCACAACAACAAAAAUUUGCUGCAGUGACUGUUUUAGUGUAUCUUGUAUAAAUAAAAUCAACUUCUCAGACCUGGAGCAAGGAAAGGGACAUGUUCUGGUAAUUAGUGACAUCAAUAUAUGACAGCAUAAAAUGCACACCCUUAAGCUAAUGAAGUAGAAAAAUUUACUUCAAACCAUUUUAC